AUGACAACCACAAACACACCAUUUACAUUUGGCAAGUCCAACCCCUUCGCGCUCGAACUGCCAUCAGCAUGGCAGCGCCUGCAGCAGGACCCAAUACUCUUCAUCGCACAGUGGUUAUAUGCCCACCGACCGCCUUCAACACUGCCGGAGUCCUGUUCUACAACAUCAAAGGACUCGUCUACGACUCCUGUUAGGGUCGUCUGCAUCUCCGAUACGCACAACGAGCAACCCCGUGUACCGAACGGCGACAUCUUGAUUCACGCUGGUGACUUGACAGUCAACGGCACAUUCGAAGAGCUCCAACUACAGCUUAAAUGGUUGAACAGCCUGCCACAUCAACACAAGGUCGUGAUAGCAGGGAAUCACGAUUUGCUUCUCGAUCAAUCCUUCUUUCGCCGCAACCCACGCCUUACAAGCCUAGGGAAUAAUGAACGCAAACUUCGACAACUUAUGUGGGGAGGCGUAGUAUACCUUGAGAACGAGUUGAGGGUGCUUGUCGUUCAGGACAGGAACGUCAAGGUUUACGGAAGCCCCAUGACACCGAAAUAUGGCAACUGGGCGUUCCAGUACUCAGCAAAAGACGUAUGGUCCAACACUGUCCCAAAAGCAACGGACAUACUCGUUACACAUGGCCCAGCUAAAGGCCACCUCGACUCGUCACCCGCGAACCCAUCUUAUUUGCAGGGCUGUGCACAUCUUCAGCGAGAACUUUGGCGUGUGAAGCCGCAACUCCAUGUCUGCGGGCACAUUCACUCAGCAAGAGGAGUGGAGUAUGGUGACUGGGGAUGGCUACGGUGGGACUAUGACGCUGUGUGUGGCGGCGAAGGAGGAGUUGGCGUCGUCCUGGGGAUGCUGGUUGCCUGGGUCUGCAAGUGGCUACUCUACAUGGUGGGAAGAGCAAAGAUUGGACAGACUAUGACGAGUGUGAAUGCAGCGGUCGCGUUCGCAGUCGCAGACCGAGGGAGAGAUGAAACGUUAGAGGACGGAAUGUGUAUUUGA